AUGCACUCUCCCAAGAUAAAAAAAAAUACACCUCUCUAGCAAUACACACCAAACUGAGCAUGUGCAGAGUGACUCCACAUAAUAUCUCUUAUCAGGAGAUAAGAGGGGGACAUUGGAAGAAGGGGAGGAUCAUAGAAUUCAGGAUCAAGCAUCCUUUUUACACAAUGCAGAGGAUUAACCCCUUAGGUUCCACAGUGAGUAUAACAAGCAUGCUUUACUGCAUAUACAGACUGAUUUGACUGUUGUGGAUAUAGUAACAGUUUAAUUGCUUGCAUUGUACAACAGAGG